GAUAGAGGGCAACGGCGGCGGUGCGGCGGCAAACGGCGGAGAGGCAUCGCCCUAGAUAACGGUAGAAUCGCGCAGUGCUGUCGCGUUGCUUCUCGCGUGAGUGUGAAAAUCUAGGAGGCGGGGAGGCAUACAGGAAGGGCAGGCGGCGGCAGGAGAGAAAGAGAGAAAAAGAAAGAGAGAGAGUGAGAGAGGCGCGUCCGUUCGUGUAAUCAGCGUCGUCGUCGCCUUCUUCAAGGCUCGCUUUGCCCUCGUGAAUCGCGGAACGAGUCGUGUGUGCCUCUGCGGAUCGAUCGGUACGCACAGUGCCGAUAUAUCAGGCGUGCCGUGUGUGCGAGGAAUCUCUCGAGACGUAGACGAGAGAACCCGGUAAACCGCAUUCGUCAUAACGUGCGACGCGAAUUCCGACCUUUCGUCAGCCAAUGCGGAAUCAGUCGGGCUAGUUGGUUGGCCAGCGGCAAGAACCGUUCAACAGUGAGAAGCGGACAACGCACAGCGGUUUCGUCGUGUCCUCGGCUCUACCCAUGGACUCGUGACAGGGUGGAGACGGAGAAGCCGAGCCGAAUAAAAAGAAAUAGAGGAAGAACGCGCGGGUCGGCCAGGUAGCCCUGAUAAUCGCCGAGUUCUCGUCAGUCGUGGCGACGAGGAAGAGACGGACGAGCGGCGCGCGUGAGACGGGGACAACGAGGGACGCGAGGAGGAAAGUGAGAAUAUACAGGCUUGCCUCUGCUUUGCGUGUGUACGUGUAUGCGCGCUUGAGAGCCGCUGAGCCGACUUGCGCGAGCGACAGAGACGGACAAUAAGAAAAAGAGAGAGAGAGAGAGAGCGGGAACGAGAGAACGGCGGAGAGAAUUAUCGAGUGAAUCCCGGGAGAUACUGUGUUCUGCGAAGAGCGGAGAGCGUGGGGCAUUCAGGAGGUACGAGAGGUCCGUCUCACUGAGAGCAAAUCAAGGCAAAACGUGGCGGAUUCGGUGACCCCUCGACUGUGAUCAGGCCCAUAGGCAGUAGGUAGGGCAAGGAGAUGCGCGAAUAUAAAAUAGUGGUACUGGGCAGUGGAGGUGUAGGCAAGUCCGCCCUCACUGUCCAGUUUGUCCAGGAAAUCUUCGUAGAGAAGUAUGACCCGACGAUCGAGGAUAGUUACCGCAAGCAAGUCGAGGUCGACGGUCAACAAUGUAUGUUAGAAAUUCUAGACACAGCCGGUACGGAACAAUUCACAGCCAUGAGGGACCUUUAUAUGAAAAACGGGCAGGGCUUCGUGUUAGUGUAUUCGAUAACAGCACAAUCAACCUUCAACGACCUGCAAGACCUCAGAGAACAGAUCUUGCGAGUAAAGGACACAGAUGAUGUGCCGAUGGUGCUAGUAGGUAACAAGUGCGACCUGGAGGAUGAGAGGGUAGUAGGAAAGGAUCAGGGUGUCAACCUUGCCCGGCAAUUCAAUUGCGUGUUUAUGGAGACCUCUGCCAAAGCUAAAAUUAAUGUUCGCGAUAUUUUCUACGACCUGGUGCGACAAAUAAACAAGAAAUCGCCAGAGAAGAAGAUGAAGCAGAAGAAGAAAUCGCUGUGCCUACUUCUGUAAGGUAUAUGUGGCGGAGCCCAUAUUCUCCUACAUGAAAAUCCGAGGAUACCAGUGGAUUAAAAAAAAAGGACCGGAGCGGUUAUAAAACAAGGAAGACACUAAUGACAAAAGAGGAGGAGGGGGCUGACGGAAUAUUAGGCGACAGUAGAACGGGAGUCUACGGUACUGAAAUCCGAAUGGUUGUAAGACGAUGGUAGAGAGACGGGAGAAUAAGGGCAUAUAAGGGCACAAGGUAACGCAGCGGAGCGAAGAACGAAGAGAUACGUGCAAAGGAACGCAGCGAUAAACGGAAGGAAAUAUUGUAUAUAACAUUGGUUCCGGGAUGGCUCGUGUGCACGCGCAAGCAACGGCGCACAAAGUAGGAUACGAGACCCCGCAAGCAUCGGUUAUCACUGUAGGAAUUUUGCAUGAAUAAAUGAAGGGGAAAAUGAUUAAUUAAUAGUAUAUAUUUAGGAGAAAGGAAGAGAUAAGAAAAAAAGAAACGUUUGUGGACGUGCGCGUGCGCAGGCCACCAGCCCCCAUGCAUCGCGCUCUCGCCGCGCACCUCUCUCUCUCUUAUAUAAUAUAAUAAUUAUACAUAGAUGGUACUUGAACAUUAUUGCUAUUAUUAUUAAUAUUAAUUAUUAUUAUCGGAUCAUCAAAAUAUUCAUAAGUUAUCGAACUGUUUGUUUCUCAAACAAAGUAUGUUUUUCUAUAUCUCUCCGUAUUAAGACAAAUAAAAAAAUCAAUGAAUGUUAAAAAAAGGGCCCAAGUUUCCUACUCUUGUAAUGCAA